AUGCUAACACCCUGCCUUACCUGGCUCUUGCUCAACUCUGCCCUGCACACCUCUGCUCUCCCCAUGUGGACUGACUGUUUUCCUGGCACCCCUAAUUCACCACGCCUCAGAGCCUUCAUACUUGCUGUUCCAUUAACCCAGUGGUUUUCCUCCCCACCUUCAGUUGGCUACUCUACCACUCUCCUCACUGCCGUCACCCUCUGGACACCUGAUGCUGUUGAUUUGUUCAUGUUUAGGGUCUCCACUAGCACGGAAGGUCUUGCAGGUGGCACCUUUCUCUUCCCUCUCCUGUACUCACUCCUAACACCUAGAACAGCACUGACCACAGGGAUGACAUACCAUAAACAUACUCUACUCCGUGGUUAA